UUGUCAUGUUAAGUUUGGCAAGGUCAUUUUCAUUUCAAGCAUCAGCUGCUGGAACUGGAACUUCUUAUCCAAGGCAACUAAAUCUUCUUAUUUCAUUUCGAAGAUUCUACAUUGCAAGACAGAGAAUUAUCAAUAUGGGCAUUAAAGCUGCUCUUAUCGAUCUAAGUGGUACAAUGCACGUAGAAGACGAUCCGACCCCCGAUGCCGUCGAAGCGUUAAAAAGACUCCGAAAGACCGGAAUCCACAUAAAAUUCGUUACCAAUACUACCAAAGAAUCUGGUGAAACCCUUUACAAUCGUUUGACCAAAAUGGGUUUCGAAUUAGAGAAGGCAGAAAUCUACAGUUCCCUAAGUGCCACAGCAAACUACGUGAAGACAAAGAAUCUCAAUCCUUUCUAUCUGGUCAGUGCGGAUGCAAGGAAAGACUUCCCUCCAGAAACAAGUGACAAUUACGACGCUGUGGUUGUGGGACUGGCACCGAAUGAAUUUCACUAUGAAAAUAUGAACAAGGCAUUUAGGAUUUUGAUGGACAACAAAGACAGCCAACUAGUUGCAGUUCACCAAGGGAAGUAUUACAAACGCGGUGACGGUUUAGCACUCGGUCCUGGGUGCUUCGUCAAAGGCCUCGAAUAUGCAGCUUCCGUCAAUGCGGUCCUCAUUGGCAAACCAAAUCGGUACUUCUUCGAGAGUGCAAUACCGGAGGGAGUCAAGGCCGAAGAAUGUGUUAUGAUUGGUGAUGAUCCAAAUGACGAUUGCAAAGGUUCCCUCGCCGUUGGAAUGAAGAGCAUCCUCGUAAAAACUGGAAAAUACCUGCCCCAUGUCGUGGUAGAUCCCCCACCGACGCUAUUAGCAGAUAACUUCGCCCAAGCCGUACAAUGGCUUGAAGAAAAUCAGAACGCUCAGGUUUAAAUAGUUAUAAAAGAAAAGCCUUAACGAAUUUUAUUCAAUGUAAAAGCUGUGUAUUGUGUAUAAUUUUUGAGAAAAAUAAAAUGCAGAAGGUAAAUAUUUUGAUAAGAA